GCUACACCGGAAGUCGUUCGUCCCCUUAAAACCUCCGCCCGAUCUUCGAGCCGAUGAGGAAGUUUUCGUUUGCAGACUCACCAACGAAGUGUUCCGAGACUAUGAGUAAGUGGAAGAUGUUUAGUAGUAAAAUUAUACAAGUUCAUUCAUUCUGGUGAUGUUCGACCAAUGUGUGCCCAGUAUUGAAAAAUUGCGCCAUUUUUAUUUUACAAAUUCCCCUGACCUCUCCUGAUCGUUUCAUUUUUCGUUCCCAGUGCCUUCUUUGAGCGAACUAUCAUCUGUAGCAGCUUGGUAUGGAGCUGCUCCAUGACAGGACGGUCCGGAUUGACCUACGAGGAAGCCGUCGAGUCCGAGGAGAAGGCUCGCCGGCACCUAUCCACAUUCCCUGGUUACCUGCAAGUUCCGGUGUUGUACCUCGCCACACUGACCCGUCGAGGAGGACUCGGCGAUUUAUGCGAUGAUGUGUUCGUCUUUGCUAGGGACAGAUUUUUUAUCGGCGAAAUUGUAGAGGUUAACCACGAAGGAUCCCGUGAGACCUGUAAGGUGCUUAAGGUGAUACCACCUGCGCCAUCGGCGUGCCAAAUGGCGUAAGUUCAUCUACCAAGGAUGGCGAUGUGAUUGUUCUGGACAGUGACAGCGAUGACUGUGUUAUUCUUGAUGGUAAUGAUGGCAAACCCACAGCCAGUUCAAGUGCAAAGUGCAAACCUGUUCCAAACCCAGAUCCGCAUCUAUAUAAAUAUCAAGUUGUUCCAGUUAGUGGCAACGGCCGGGCAUUCCAGGUGCCGGCUGAUUUCAUCAGUCGAAAAAAGGGUCUGUACACUCGAGAGAAAAGUAAGCUCUUUCUGAAGCUGCACUGUGAGUUUGUCAAAGAAUACUGGACUGUCAAGCCUAAAUUUAUGAGGAAAUAUAACCUAGAUGAGAGAAGUUUCUCAGAGUUUUUUUGUGGUGCCACGCCUGUGUUCACUACAACUCCCAACAAGAAGAUCAAACGAGUGAAAACAACCAGCACUGAGAAGCGAGAAAAGAAAAAGAUUCGAGAAGGCGUGGCUGAUCAGGGUGGCAAGAAAAAGAAACGAAAGAAGGAAGGUAAAGAAAACUUGGAGAAUAAGGAGAAGGCAGGAAUACGUCUGACUCCAGAAGAGAAGGCAGCUUUGAAAGAUCAGGUGGCUCAAGAAAAAGCAGCCCAGAGACUGGCUGCCAAGGAGCAAAAAGCUCAAGAAAGGGCCGUGGUGAGGGAGAAAAUGGCUCUUGAGCGAGCCGAAAUGAAAGAAAAAUCGAGGAAAGAGCGAGAAGAGGAGAGAAUUAAAAUGAAAUUGGAAAGAGACAAG